CGUGGUUAUGUAAAAUGCUCGGAGCAACGGUAUAAAAGUAAAUAUGAAUUCAUAGUGCUGUAUCAGUCAUCAAAUAGAUCUGCUCUUGUAAAAAUGAAGUUCUUGGUAAUUUUUGCUAUCUUCGUCGCUGUGGCAUCAGCACAAUUCCCUAAUGUACGUAGGCCACUACCACCUCCAUCCCAACCUCCACGUCCUGCAGCUCCGGUCAGCCGCUCUUCUAAUGACCAGACUGCUAACAUCAUUCGUUACGACAAUGACAUUAACCCAGAUGGUUCUUACAGCUACGCUUUCGAGACUGACAACGGCAUUGCUGCUCAGGAGCAAGGUACCCCUCGUGACUUCGGUGGCAACCCACCAAUCAUCCCUGAUGUAGCUCAAGGCUCCUUCUCUUGGGUGUCUCCCGAGGGUGAACAGGUUUCUAUCAGCUACGUCGCUGACGAAAAUGGAUACCAACCACAGGGCAACGCUAUCCCCACCCCUCCACCAGUACCACCACAAAUUGCUCGUGCUCUCGAGUACAUUGAAAGAAAUGCACCAAGGAAGUAAAUAGUGCCUAUAAAAGUCUAGUCAGAUAUUAUGCAUUAAAUAUCUGAACACCUUAUAAAUGUGAUUUAUAGUAUAGCAAAUAUUUUUAUUGAAAUAUGUGUUUAAAACGACAACAGUCAAUUUUGUGAUUAAAUAUAUGAAAUUAAUAAAUUUAUUUUCGUAAUUCUACAAAA